AUGCACGUCCCCGACGAAUUACAACGCGUGAUUGGAUCACCAACAUCCCCAAGACCUUUGAAAGAUACUGAAAUUCAUGCCGCCUUGGUUGAGCCUCAAAUUGGUGCAAUUUGGCAAUGGACUCAAGCUGGGAAUGGCAGUCAAAAGGUUGAGAGCUCUCCAGGCUCACCACACCUCGUACUCCAAGCUUCUGAAGUUGUCUCCAAACAUCGUCCCGUUAUCUUGACUGUCGCCGGAGAAGAGGUCUCUGGUAGUGACAAAUCGUCUGAGUUGUUUCUUCACGGUUCCAGAGAAAUUCAAUCACAGCACAAGAGCCCCAUUCCACUAACCUGUGCCUUUGGGUUCACUGGCAAGUUUGACACCCCUCCAAUUUUGGCAUCACGCACCAGACAGGCCUUCCUUGAGGCUAUCAACAGCGAACAUGCAUCCAUCAUUGAACUCUACCAAGGCUUCAAGGCUUAUCAAGAUGCGAUCACUUACUACGGAAACAAUGCUUUCAGCACUCGCUUCUUGGAAAGAGAAACCACAGCAGUCCAAACCACACUUUGCCAACUUACUGGACUAGCAAACUUCAUCACCGACACCCGUGCUGAAAUCGAAGCCAAAGAUGACAAUCUCAUUGUGGAACGUGAUAUGCUAGCAGCAUUUCGUCACAUUCAGGAGUUCGUCGCUAGGGUUCGUGCCAUUUUGGUCCAUUGCCAUGUCUUCUACAAGAUCAACUUUGUACUGGUCGCUAAGAAAGUCCAUUGA